CUUCCAAACCUAAUUACACAUGCAGCAUGGAGGUAGCUAACUAGGAAGAUAAGAUCCAGCGGUUAAUGGUCCCUACAAUGGUCGGCUCGUGCCGAUGUUAAAAGCUAAAGAAAACUGUGCAGAAAUCCUGCAAUUAAUUCAGUGAUCGAGAAUGCGUUGCCGCAAAGAAAUCUCCCUCAGCUAGCUUCCACCAAAAGGACUAACAAGACAAGGAAAUUAAAAGAAAAACAACCUCAUCUCGAAUUCCUUCUACGUUCUAUAACAACCCCUUCCAUUGGAACCAGCAGCUAGCUAGAGAGAGAAAUUAAGAGAGAUCAGAGAUGAGGCAUCCGGGAGGUGGAUCGACUAGUGCAGGGACGGGCACGCCGACCCCCUGCUGCAGCAAGAUCGGGAUGAAGCGCGGGCCGUGGACGGCGGAGGAGGACGAGGUGCUGGCCAGCUUCGUGCGGCAGGAGGGGGAGGGCCGGUGGCGCACGCUGCCGAAGCGCGCAGGGCUGCUCCGGUGCGGCAAGAGCUGCCGCCUCCGGUGGAUGAACUACCUCCGCCCCUCCAUCAAGCGCGGCCCCAUCGCUCCCGACGAGGAGGACCUCAUCCUUCGCCUCCACCGCCUCCUCGGCAACAGGUGGUCGCUGAUCGCCGGGCGCAUCCCCGGCCGCACGGACAACGAGAUCAAGAACUACUGGAACACGCACCUCAGCAAGAAGCUCAUCAAGCAAGGCAUCGAUCCUCGCACCCACAAGCCCUUCCUCACUGCACCAUCCACAACGACGCAAUCAUCUCCCAUAGAAAACCCUAAUUGCACUCCCUUACAGCAGCCCCCUCAAGUUCUGUCAUCCGGCACCAAUCAUUUCAACGCUGGUAAUGUCCUCGGAUGGUCGGGGCAGGUCGGCGGCGCCGACGACUUCUUCUGCAACGAUCCGAUCUUUGAUUCAUUCAUCACCCCGGAGAUGUUCGUGCAGCACGAUAGCAACGCCACUGUCCAUCACAGUGGAAGUGAUCAAAUCUUGGGCAACAAUAGGCAUGGUGAGAUGAUGAAUGAUCCGAGUUUUGGGCUUGAUGGAGGCUUAUGGGAGCAUACUUUCCAAUAUUACUUUGGUUAAUUUGGAUGAGCAAUGUUGCGUGGAAUUAAUUCGUAAGUUAUAUUAUCCAAUAUUGGAUCCACAUUUGUUUUCUUUCAAGAAAUUAUAGAACUAUUUAUGUGUGUGCGCAAUUGAGUAAUUGCAAGUAUAUCAAUGUCUUGUAUCAAGGAAACCGGUUAUGAAGGUGUAACUCUUAAUUAGU